AUGCACCACGACUCGAUGGCGCAGAGCCCCGUCCCCCGCCCCCUUCCCAUCCCGCCGCCUUCGCCAAUGCUCCCCCCGCCGGAAAUAAAGCCACCAUAUGAACUUGAGAUGACUUCAACAGGUGGAGGCGUGAAGAUGGUGGAGUGCACGAGUGUUGGACCUGCCACAAACGAAGCGCGUCCAGCCCCUGAGGCGUUACCGCUGCCACCAGUCAGUGGCCCCUCUGCCAUCCAUUACGGGAGACGCCGCGGCAGCCGCCCCCUGUGCCGCUGUAUGAAGCAGCGCACGGAUUGUGGAAUGCGGCUGAGCUGUGCUCGACUCGGACACCGCUGCUUGGGCGUUUUCCCUGCUUCUCUAGUCCGCUACAGAGAGCGCCAGCGACGGGAGCUCGGGAUCGAGCGAUUCCGACGUGAAGGCCUGUGCGCUGAGGAGAGCGAUGCAGCGACGCUGCCGCUGGGCGACGUGCUCCCUCCCACGGACGCGGACACCGCAUCGGAUGAGCAGAGCGACGCAGCGACGCUGCCGCUGGGCGACGUGCUCCCUCCCACAGACGCGGACACCGCAUCGGAUGAGCAGAGCGACGCAGCGACGCUGCCGCCAGUCAGUGGCCCCUCUGCCAUCCAUUACGGGAGACGCCGCGGCAGCCGCCCCCUGUGCCGCUGUAUGAAGCAGCGCACGGAUUGUGGAAUGCGGCUGAGCUGUGCUCGACUCGGACACCGCUGCUUGGGCGUUUUCCCUGCUUCUCUAGUCCGCUACAGAGAGCGCCAGCGACGGGAGCUCGGGAUCGAGCGAUUCCGACGUGAAGGCCUGUGCGCUGAGGAGAGCGAUGCAGCGACGCUGCCGCUGGGCGACGUGCUCCCUCCCACGGACGCGGACACCGCAUCGGAUGAGCAGAGCGACGCAGCGACGCUGCCGCUGGGCGACGUGCUCCCUCCCACGGACGCGGACACCGCAUCGGAUGAGCAGAGCGACGCAGCGACGCUGCCGCUGGGCGACGUGCUCCCUCCCACGGACGCGGACACCGCAUUGAAUGAGCAGAGCGACGCAGCGACGCUGCCGCCAGUCAGUGGCCCCUCUGCCAUUCAUUACGGGAGACGCCGCGGCAGCCGCCCCCUGUGCUGCUGUAUGAAGCAGCGCACGAACGGUGGCACGCAGAAUGAACAUGAACUGGCUAGACUAUGGCCCACUAACGAGAAGGUGCCCCUGCCCCCUGUCGAUAAUUUGUGUAUGACGUACUUGAGACCCUCAACAUCUUUGACAAGCGCUAUGGGCCGUGCCGUGCCCACUUCAUCAGCAGCCUAUACUACACAGCGUUCCCAUCAACUUAUUUUACCUCCGGUGGCCCCAGUCGUAGACCGUCCUCCUCUCCCAUUCGUCAGAGCCCCCACGUGGUGGGCAAAUAUGCGUGAACACUUCCACCUGCUGCGCGUGGUGCUCUUAUUUUUUUCCCUCUUCUUUGAACCAUUUCCGUGCUAG